AUGGCACCUGUCAAAAAACCACGCCCUGCUUUCAGCUGUCUGACAUGUCGCACUCGUAAAGUUCGAUGUGGAAGAGAACGGCCGGAAUGCGCCAACUGCAGACGGAUGAAUAAAGUGUGCGAAUAUCAAAGUACCAGCAAAGUUUCUGAUAAUCAGAGUAGACACGAUCAAAUCCAUACAGACCGCUCUAAUGUCUCUCGGUUAGACGUUGUUUCUAGAUUGCCCUCUAGAGUCAGGCCGGUCAACGACUCGCUCCUUGGCUUGAUGCCAUUUCGCAAGAAAGCAACUGUAGACCCUCUUCCACCUCAUAUCAACUUCCUGACCAUCGCAUCCGUCUUCGAGAGGAUUCCUGACAGGCACGCAUGCGACGGCUUUGUGCAGACUUUCAUUACCUCCGUCUACCCCCUGUACCCGCUCAUUGACCUCCCAGAUUUCCAAUCCUGGUAUGCCGUGUUCUGGCAAUGGUGCCAUGAGGCCGGGGAUAGACGAUCGACUAUUAUCCCCAACACCCUGCUGGAAGACGUGACUAUGAACUGCGUGCUCUUUGCGGUACUGUAUGCAGGAGCUGCCGCUUCAGCACAUACCUCCCAAGAAUCAGUCACAACCAGGAAUCUAGAAUCAGCGGUUUCGGCUAUCCUUACUUCCUGCGACCAUCUUCGCCGUCCGACAGUGAACACUGUCGCAGCCUCGCUGAUUAUCGACCCGUUCAUGAGCAAGGACCUCGGAUCACUAGAGUAUGGGCUGUGGGUGAGUUCGACAGUCCGCCUUGCUCAGAGUAUUGGGCUACAUCGGCAGGAGCAUGUUACACCGGAUAGAGAUAUAGACUUCGGUUCAGCCUUGGAAGCGAGACUCGAGCGUAGAAUAUGGGCGCAUAUCGUGUGGUUGGAUGUUCAGCAUAGCCUCCUGACCGGGUUACCACUGGCAGUAACGGCAACAGCCGGAAGCAGAUUUGGUUCUUUGCCGACGCCAAUAUCUGGGGCAGGGCCUGAUACUCUGGCCGGGGAUACUGCUAUACUCUUUCAGGCUCGCAGUGAAAUUGCUCGUAUUCAACAUCGGCUUAUCGACACUGUUCAUAACGCAAGCGCAAGUACAGGGUUGAUUUCAGAGGAGAUAUAUCGAGGGGACUACCACGAACAGCGAGGUAGAUUCCUGGGCUCAGAGGUUGGCGACGUUGAUUCACCUGCACAUGGCAAUCCAGAUCCACAGUCCUUUCUUACGAUCCCCGUUACGGCCAACACCUUCCUCAGAUCCGAAUAUCGGCAUCGAUCAAGGUCAAGACCAGUUGUGGAAUCGUAUAAUUCGCCUCUGCAUCCGAUACCUCCGAAUCUACUUAUCUAUCGUAUCGUCUUCCGCAUUUGCGCCACACCUCUGGUUCUUCGUGCGCUGUGUGGAACCGAUUCGGUGUGCUUCUCUGUUGGUAUCAUACUUGUGCCAUUGGCCUGGCUCUACCGGUGCAUAUUCUGGAUUGAGUAG